ACAACUGGAGUAUUUUUUUAAAACCCAUAUUUAUUUGAUGUUCCAUCGUUAGAAACGGUCCCUCUUGUUGGGAUGAGACAAUGUCACGUUUAACAAAUAAUAAAACUGUUUUCCUUGGAAGCUUCAUUUUCUCUAAACUCUAGAUCAGAAAAGGAGGCACUGUUGGAUUCUGCAUCCGUAGCGACCCCCAGUAUGAAGAUUAAACAAAUCUAGAGAGGUUCAACCGCACGGGUCUGUACCCUGAACCGACAGUCCGUAUUUGUCUUCUGAUUCUAUUACCAACUACACUGCACCCACCGACACCUCCAUCUCCUAUAAAAGUUUCAAGGACGGACAGGAGGGACAUCAAACCACACCACGUUGACCAGCGCUAGCUAGCUAUCCUUAUACUUGGCUUUGCUGCUUUUGGAAUUGGAAGUGAUGGGUUUCCUCAAGUGCCUUAUUGGAUUCAAAAUUAGACGCAGAUCCAAUCGUGUCGUUACUUAUAAUCAGGACCAUGAUGGGAACCGGAACCAGUCUACUAGCAAUGGCACCACUACUAAUACAGCUACUGAUGAUAGUAGUAAGACUAAUAGACUUGAGCUAAUUGAUGGUCAAAAGCGGAAUAUUGAUGGGGUUGGGGUGAUCAGGAAAUUCAGUUGGGAUGAGGUUGAGAGGCUGACCAAGAACUUCUCCAAGGUGAUUGGAUCGGGAGGAUUUAGCACCGUCUAUUUGGCUCACUUCCAGGGCCUGGAACUGGAGCUGGGGGCAAUUAAGGUCCACAUUGGCAGUGAGCGCCUCAACCAAUUGUUCAAGCAAGAACUGGACAUCCUGCUCCGUCUUCGCCAUCAACAUAUCGUCAAGCUUCUUGGUUAUUGUGAUGACGGAGAACAAGGGGCAAUGGUAUUUGAGUACGUCUCCAACGGAAGCUUGCAAGAGAAGCUCCAUGGUGGUGGUGAUGGUAUAGCAGAAGAAGAUGCAAAAAGCAAAAGGAAAUCAUUGCCUGUGCUUUCGUGGAGAAGCCGCAUGACAAUAGCCUUCCAGCUAGCGCAAGCAAUAGAAUAUUUGCAUGAAAAGUGUAGCCCACAGAUUGUUCACGGUGACAUUAAAGCUUCAAACAUCCUACUGGACCACCAUCUCAACUGCAAGCUCUGUGAUUUCGGUUUCUCAAAGAUGGGGUUUUCUUCGUCUAUACUCCCACCUUCUUCAUCUUCCCCUGCUUAUUCCUCGAGGAGGAAGCAAGUGAUGAUGGGUUCUCCAGGUUACACCGAUCCACACUACCUGAGAACUGGAUUAGCCUCAAAGAAGAACGACAUUUACAGCUAUGGAGUCGUGGUUUUGGAGCUUGUGACAGGGAUGGAGGCCUUCUGUUCCGAAAGGGGCCAGUUCUUGACAUCUAUAGUGGGACCGACAUUGCUGACGAGGGAUGUGGCGGACAUGGUGGACCCACGACUGGGCAGAGACUAUGAUAUGGAAGAAGCAAGGGCCAUGCUUUCCAUCUCAGCCCUCUGCCUUGGCCACUCGCCCACCCUCAGGCCUUCUGCCACCCACAUCUUGCAAACUAUCAAGGACAAAAUGUCUAAAUCUCUUCCACCUCUUUCCAUUUCUCACCGCCACCGGACAAAGACAAAUUUGGUCAACUCGUGAUUCGUGAUUCAUGAUCUAUUAGUGUGAUUCUGUAAAUUUGUAAAAAAGAAAAAAGAAAAAAAAUACUUAUAUUACACUUUUGAUCUUUUGCAACUGGAUUCAUUAGGGUUGGUGUUGAAUAACAUCCCAUGUACAUUCAUAAUGUCAUUCGACAGUGACACUUUAACGACC